CCCGGUAGAGAGGUUCAAAUCACGAUAAAGUGAUUAUAAAAAAAAAUGUCAAAAGUGUUCGUUAUUUUUUUGACCAGCAUCUGUUUACACUCAGCUAAAGCAUUCAUUGAAUAUAAACUACCUAAAAAUAAUGUAUUUGAUACUGAAUUAUAUAAAAAUGUGUUAGAUGAAGAAUUAUGUGAAAUACAACUGAGCUUCAUACAAAAUAAUGAUAGCGCUCUACUGGCAGAAUUUCUUGAUGCUGGUAUAAGACCCCCACGAGGUAUAUUUAAAGGUAAUUUUGUGGAUUUCGGGAACUAUCAUCAGUGUAUAGAAAUCAGCGCCAAUUUGGAAACAUCAGAUAUACAAGGAAAAUAUUGUAUGAUUAAUGUUCCCAUGACGCAAGACGAUUUUGAUCUGCCAACUCUACCUGAAUGGCCGGAGUGGCCAGAGGAAUGGCCAGAAGAAUGGCCAGAAUUUCCUUGGCCGGAGCUUUUGCCAAAUACCAGACUACACAGGAAUAUGAUGAGAAAUCUUCGAAAAGUUCGGGCGGAGUCAGCCAAAUACAGUCAGAACAUUGGAACAGACAUGGAUUUAAUAAGGGUUGCAGAAGAUAGUGCCUUGGCUGGUGAAGCAUUUAGAUUAGCAGUGUGCCUUCCGAAAGCUUGUACGCCUAAGCAGUUUUUCGAUAAAGUUCUAAUUAACACCACGGCUGUGGGUUUAGAGUUUACUGAGGAAUUCUGUCGCCUGAAAAAUGAUAAGCCAUUUGUACCUGGGGAUUAUGCUGCAAUGGGUGUUUUCGGCUUCAUUAUCCUAUUAACUAUACUCUGCACGGGCUACGAUCUAUAUUAUACUCAUAUACUUAAAGGAGAUCUUAAAAAAGCAAGUGUUCUUGGGAAAUCCUUCUCAGUGUACACAAACACUCGACGCUUGCUCACAUUCAACUCUGUGCCCGGUGCUUUGGAAUGCGUGGACGGCAUCAGGUCCCUCGCCAUGAUGUGGGUUAUACUAGGUCAUUCGUAUUCUACACAUUUAAAUGCGCCCUUCGUUAAUCGAACAGAUUUCUUUGAGUGGAUGACCUCAUUUUCUGCGAUUUGGAUUAUGGCGGCGCCAAUCACAGUGGACACAUUCUUCAUGCUGAGUGGACUACUAACUGUGUAUACCACAGUCAGAAAGAUGAGUAGCAUGGGCCUUAUCAGAAAAAUCCACUUAUACUAUCUCCAUCGGCUCUUACGGUUGUUUCCGGUAUUGGCUGCCGGCGUUUUCCUCCAAGCGACAUUAUUUAACCACAUGUCUGAUGGACCACGAUGGAAUGACGUCUUUGCUUUUAAAGUGCACAGGUGCAGGCAAUAUUGGUGGGCUACUUUGAUCCAUGGCCAGAAUUUAAUCAUUCCUGAUGGUAUGUGUAUCAGCCCAACAUGGUACCUUGCUGUUGACAUCCAGAUGCAUAUUAUUUCACCCCUUAUAUUGUUUUGGGUGCUUGGAAAAAGAAGAGCCGCCUGGACUGCCUUGAGUCUGGCCAUGUUAAUCGUGUUGGCGGCGUCUACAACGUAUAAUUAUUUAAACGAGUUCCAGCCAGCACCUAUAAUACCAGCACGUGCUGCUGUAGAUCCUGAUGCGUACCUUAACUAUAUGUUGUACUAUUACGUGAACACAUUAACAAGAUGCUCUCCUUUUUUUGUCGGAAUGCUGUAUGGCUAUCUUCUCGCUGUUUUUAAAGGCAAAAAAGUUCACUUGCCUAAGUUGUUCGUGGCAUUAGGAUGGGCCUGUGCCUUUGCGGUAUCGGCUGGUAUCAUUUACUCCGCAUACCCUAUUCUCCAGAUGGACUGGGACAGUCCCUUCUUGGACGGCGUUAUCAACUCCUUCUCCAGACCAGGAUGGGCAGCAUGCCUCGGUUGGAUGAUAUUUGCAUGCACUCAUGGUUACGGAGGGCCCAUCAACUGGUUCCUGUCAUUGCAUAUGUGGAAAUUGCCAGCUCGGAUCUCCUUCGCGAUGUACAUCUUCCACUACCCAAUUAUGCAUGUAGUCAAUGCCACAUCGGUGUCUCCGGCUCACUUUACACCUGUUCGCUACUUUUUCAGAUUCCUGGGUGACUUCUCUUCAGCACUGAUUAGCGGGUUCAUAGUAACCGUGUUGAUCGAUUCGCCCUUCUCUAUGCUCAUCAAACUUGCAAUGGGAGGAGGCCCGAAGAAACCUGGGCCAGAAAACAUAGAGGCUAAGGAAAAAAAUGGAGUAAACGUUGUUACAGCAAUCAACCCGGCGAUUUCACAAGACUACGACAGAUACCUCAGCAAGACUAAACUAUGACACAUGACAUAAAUUAAACACGGAUAUUCAUGUCAUGAGC